CUGUUUCCCUCCACAUUUCAUCUUCACAACAAAAAGGAAGAAAACAAACCACUACUUGUAAAUGGCACUGGCUUCAGUCUCCUCCUUAUCCAUCAAUUCUCUUAGUAUUUCUUCUCCUUCAAAAGCUCCAUGUUACCAUCUGCAAUCUUUUUCAAAACGUUUUGGCGUCUUUUGUCAGAUAAACAACCCAGAAAUUAAAGCCCAAAUUCGCGAGUUUUCCUCGGAAAAGGAAGAUUGUUCCAACAAUAAGUAUGCAGUCACGGAUGCUAAGUUUAAGAGCUGGAGAGCCUUGGUUUCAACAGCAUUGGCAGCAGCAAUGGUUGCUUUUGGCUCUGAUAUGUCUGCUCUGGCUGAGCUUAAUAAGUACGAGGCAGAAACUCGUGGGGAAUUUGGUAUCGGAUCAGCAGCCCAGUUUGGUUCUGCAGAUUUAAGGAAAGCAGUUCAUAUGAAUGAAAAUUUCAGAAGGGCAAACUUCACAGCUGCUGAUAUGAGGGAAUCUGAUUUCAGUGGUUCAACAUUCAAUGGUGCAUAUCUUGAGAAAGCAGUCGCAUACAAGGCAAAUUUCACAGGUGCUGAUUUGAGUGACACAUUGAUGGAUCGCAUGGUUCUCAAUGACGCUAAUCUUACAAAUGCUGUGCUAGUAAGAUCUGUGCUCACCCGAAGUGAUCUCGGGGGUGCCCUGAUUGAAGGCGCUGAUUUCAGUGAUGCUGUUAUUGAUCUUCCUCAGAAGCAGGCUCUCUGCAAGUACGCAAAUGGCAAAAAUCCAAUCACUGGGGUAAGCACCAGAGCAAGUUUAGGUUGUGGAAACAGCCGGCGAAAUGCUUAUGGCUCCCCUUCUUCUCCUCUGUUGAGUGCUCCACCUCAAAAAUUGCUUGAUCGGGAUGGUUUCUGUGACAAAGAUACUGGCCUUUGUGAAGCAAAAUAAUUCUAAACCCUGGUAGUAAUCAUACCAAAUGACAUCUCAUAGGCACAUUGAUGAUGCAGGAUAAAGGAGUGCGAGAACAGAACAUAUAUUACUUUCCUUUUCACUUCUGGAUAAACAGCAAAUUUGAGAAUCUUUACCAUAUAUUCUUUUUCAAGCAUCAGUGAUCUAUGACAACUCUAAAUCACUAACAAAGGAUGGAUGAAAGGAAAUCAAUAAAAUCACAUUAUGUCGCUAAGUGAUUUACACUGAUCCAAACAUGGCUGGCACUCAAUAAUAGAUGAGACCCUUCACAUGUGCUCAA